CCGUGACGCUAUAAAUGCAGGCAAAUGGCAUUUACCGGCACAGAGCAGGCGGAGACAGCGGAGGGACCGGUUAAAGGACAGGGACGAGCGAUUAAUACACAUCCAGGAUUUGUCACAUCCCCUCAAUGAAGGAGCGACGGUCGUGUCAGAAGCCCAGCAUGGAUCCGAGUCCCAGUGUGAAGUGUAAGAUCGUGGUGGUGGGGGACAGCCAGUGCGGGAAGACCGCGCUGCUUCACGUGUUUGCAAAGGACUGUUUCCCAGAGAGCUAUGUCCCCACUGUGUUUGAAAACUACACGGCCAGUUUUGAAAUCGACACCCAGAGGAUUGAGCUCAGCCUGUGGGACACCUCAGGAUCCCCGUACUACGACAACGUGAGGCCCCUCUCCUAUCCGGACUCGGAUGCUGUCCUCAUCUGUUUUGACAUCAGUCGUCCUGAAACUCUUGACAGCGUGUUGAAAAAGUGGAAAGGGGAGAUUCAGGAGUUUUGUCCAAACACAAAGAUGCUUUUAGUUGGCUGUAAAUCAGACCUGCGCACUGAUCUGAGCACGCUCGUGGAGUUGUCCAACCAUCGGCAGACGCCUGUUUCCUAUGACCAGGGUUCCAGCAUGGCCAAGCAGAUCUCAGCGCCUUACAUCGAGUGCUCGGCUCAGCAGUCUGAGAACAGUGUCAGAGACAUUUUCCACGUGGCCACGCUGGCCUGCAUCAACAAAAGCAAAAAGAACCUCAAGUGCAACAAGAUCACACGCGCCAACAAGAGGAUUUCACACAUGCCCAGUCGGCCUGACCUGGCAGCCGUCGGCACGGAUCUCCGGAAGGACAAGGCCAAAAGCUGCUCAGUCAUGUGACUUGUCAAACCAAGAAGGAGGGUAGGGUGGGGUCAGACUGAGGUGAAAAAGGACAGUGGUCAGAGCAAGCAGGAAGCUGUGGGCUACAGCUCUGCGUCCUGGAUUCAAAAUAAACUCCAUUUGUCUGGAAAGGGGCUGUAUAAGCUUCUGUUAAUGUUACUGGAACCUUCUGCACCAAUAGAAACUCUGCGUAGAUGCGUCCCAAUCAGUGUAACCCCUUUCCUUCCAAAAGUCACCAGGAAGCUAUCAAUCAGCAGGCUACCUGCUUCCUCCGUGAGGACAAAGCGGAUGCAGAAACAGGAAAUGAGCAGGAGGAGUGAUGUCAUUACUCAUGUGAAGGCUUCUAGAACGUGCAAUCCUUUGAAUGAGAACCAAAGCCAGCGAUGGAUAAGGUUUGUUGCCCGUGAGAGGGGGGAGGAUGAACCAUUUGUACCAGAUCAACAACUUUUUGCUUGAAGGGCUCGUUGAACAGCAUCUCAUCACCGUGGCUUGGAGCUGAUUCACGCCCGCUCCUUUAACUGUCUGUCUGCAGAGGAGACUGAAAAAGAAGUCCGAGUUCCUCUGUGUCUGAUGUGUUGUUGAUAGAAAUGUGAGGUUGUUGAUGUGUAAAGUUCUGAGUCAUUGUUCUCGUUUGGUCCGUGGACCCGAUCAUGAAGUUCUGAGCGAAAGAUUAAGAAGUGCCAUAUUUUAAACUUUUGAUGGACUUUAAGUUGACUUAAGGGCUUGAAGCCCUAAACCAGAUCAUCUGAAGUGGGAUUCUGUGUAAAAGUUGUGAACAAUAAUAUAUUAUCUGUUCUAGAAGACUCUUUGAACAACCUCGCUUUGGAGAAACCAAGAUUACUUCUCUCCAGAUUGACAAGUUAAUGGCAUUUUUAAAAGUAGUAUGGUAAAAUCUAUAAAAAUGUAUAAAACACGAAAAUCCAUCCAGAACGGUUAUGUGCUAACUGUAAAUUCUACCUGUAACAGUAGCAAUGGCCUAGCUAGUUGGUGCUAUAACUACCUAGCUCAACUCCCAAUUUUUGAUGCACUUAACCAAAAACUUCUAUGUAAAUAUCCCAGAGAUGUGAAAUUUAAUAAAGUGUAAAGGUUUUUAAAAUAA